CAUGUUGACUAAUGUGUGGAGCUGCAACUGGUCAACUCACGGAUAGAGUUUGGGGUGUUACUAUGGGACGUAGUAGGUCCAGCUGGCUGUUGAUAGUAGUGUUUAUGUUGAUAGUGUUGCAGGUGGUGUUUAUGUUGAUAGUGUUGCAGGUGGUGUUUAUGUUGAUAGUGUUGCAGGUAGUGUUUAUGUUGAUAGUGUUGCAGGUGGUGUUUAUGUUGAUAGUGUUGCAGGUGGUGUUUAUGUUGAUAGUGUUGAAGGUGGUGUUUAUGUUGAUAGUGUUGCAGGUGGUGUUUAUGUUGAUAGUGUUGAAGGUGGUGUUUAUGUUGAUAGUGUUGCAGGUGGUGUUUAUGUUGAUAGUGUUGAAGGCGGUGUUUAUGUUGAUAGUGUUGCAGGUGGUGUUUAUGUUGAUAGUGUUGCAGGUGGGGUUUAUGUUGAUAGUGUUGCAGGUGGUGUUUAUGUUGAUAGUGAUCUAGGUGGUGUUUAUGUUGAUAGUGUUGCAGGUAGUGUUUAUGUUGAUAGUGAUUCAGAUGGUGUUUAUGUUGAUAGUGUUGCAGGUGGUGUUUAUGUUGAUAGUGAUCUAGGUGGUGUUUAUAUUGAUAGUGUUGCAGGUGGUAUGUAUGUUGAUAGUGUUGCAGGUGGUGUUUAUGUUGAUAGUGUAGCAGGUGGUGUUUAUGUUGAUAGUGUAGCAGGUGGUGUUUAUGAUGACAGUGAUGCAGGUUGUGUUUAUGAUGAUAGUGAUGCAGGUGGUGUUUAUAAUGAUAGUGAUGCAGGUAAUGUUUAUGUUGAUAGUGAUGCAGGUGGUGUUUAUGUUGAUAGUGUUGCAGGUGGUGUUUAUGUUGAUAGUGUAGCAGGUGGUGUUUAUGUUGAUAGUGAUGCAGGAGGUGUUUAUGUUGAUAGUGUUGCAGGUGGUAUGUAUGUUGAUAGUGUUGCAGGUGGUGUUUAUGUUGAUAGUGUAGCAGGUGGUGUUUAUGUUGAUAGUGUAGCGGGUGGUGUUUAUGAUGAUAGUGAUGCAGGUUGUGUUUAUGAUGAUAGUGAUGCAGGUGGUGUUUAUAAUGAUAGUGAUGCAGGUAAUGUUUAUGUUGAUAGUGAUGCAGGUGGUGUUUAUGUUGAUAGUGUUGCAGGUGGUGUUUAUGUUGAUAGUGUAGCAGGUGGUGUUUAUGUUGAUAGUGAUGCAGGUGGUGUUUAUGCUGAUAGUGAUGCAGGUGGUGUUUAUGAUGAUAGUGAUGCAGGUAAUGUUUAUGUUGAUAGUGAUGCAGGUGGUGUUUAUGUUGAUAGUGUUGCAGGUGGUGUUUAUGUUGAUAGUGUAGCAGGUGGUGUUUAUGUUGAUAGUGAUGCAGGUGGUGUUUAUGUUGAUAUUGAUGCAGGUGGUGUUUAUGUUGAUAGUGAUGCAGGUGGUGUUUAUGUUGAUAGUGAUGCAGGUGGUGUUUAUGUUGAUAGUGUUGCAGGUGGUGUUUAUGUUGAUAGUGUAGCAGGUGGUGUUUAUGUUGAUAGUGAUGCAGGUGGUGUUUAUGUUGAUAUUGAUGCAGGUGGUGUUUAUGUUGAUAGUGAUGCAGGUGGUGUUUAUGUUGAUAGUGUUGAAGGAUGUGUUUGUGUUGAUAGUGUUGAAGGUAGUAUUUGUGUUGAUAGUGUUGCAGUUAAUGUUUAUGUUGAUAGUGAUGCAGGUGGGGUUUAUGUUGAUAGUGUUGAAGUUGGUGUUUAUGUUGAUAGUGUUGAAGGUGGUGUUUAUGUUGAUAGUGUUGCAGGUGGUGUUUAUGUUGAUAGUGAUGAUAGAGAUGUGCGUUAUUCUAGUAGUGCCAUAUGUGUGAUGAUGCUGUUGGUAAGGGAGCUCGGUAUCUAUGGCAGUUCAUUGACGUUUGUUUUUGUUUCUAUUGUUGUAUGUUAUCAUCAAUGGAUUCUAGAGGCUGUAUUUUCCAGCGAUUGCAGGAUUUGUAUUUAUUUUUAUUGAUUUCACCUUUAUUUAACCAGGU